AGAUUUGGAAUAUUUCACUCCAUAUUCGAUAGUGUGAAAAGUUGUAAAGUUUUCCAGCACAACAUAUCGUCCAGCCUUGCAUUGACUAUCUGAAAUUGUAUUCCAUUUUCGAUUGUUGUCGGUCAUUCAUCUAUGACAAGCUCAGUAAGAACAGAUAGUCAUGAAACAGUGCUUAUUCUAGAUUUUGGAUCCCAAUACAGUCAUUCUAUUGCUAGAAGACUUCGAGAGUGUAAAGUUCAUUCAAUCGUAUUACCUUUUGACCGCUCGUUGGAGGAAAUCAAGUCUAUUCAACCAAAAGGCAUCAUUCUAAGUGGAGGACCAGGUUCAGUUUAUGAACACAGCGCACCCCACACGUGGAAGCAGAUAUUUGAACUUGGAAUCCCUAUUCUAGGCAUCUGCUAUGGAUUACAAGAAAUUGCAUACCAAUUAGGAGGUCAAGUUGCAAGAGGAACCAAGUACGAGUACGGUCAUGCUAUGUUAACUGUAAUCGAACAAUCAGAUCUCUUUCGCGAUGUUCCUAGCACGUUUACUGUAUGGAUGAGCCACGGUGAUCUGGUAACUGAGUUGCCUCCUUCAACUGUUCCCAUCGCAAAAACAGAUAAUUGUUCGUUCGCUGCUAUUUAUAUGAAACCAUAUUUAUAUGGACUACAGUUUCACCCUGAAGUAACGCAUACAGAGUUUGGUUUACAAAUAUUGAGAAACUUUGUUGUCCAUAUCUGUCAUUGUCGUUGUGAUUGGACUAUGGAAGAUUUUUCUGAAAAUGCAAUUGCGUCGAUUAGGCAAAGAGUUGGGAGUGCCAAAGUGAUUGGUGCAGUAUCAGGAGGGGUGGAUUCCACUGUUGCUGCUGUAUUGACGAGUCGGGCAAUCGGUAAUCAGUUUGAAGCAGUGUUGGUGGAUAAUGGUUUGCUUAGAAAAGAUGAAGCGUCACAAGUUAUUCAUCGUUUGCGAGAUACCUGCGGUGUGCAAUUGAGAUAUGUGGAUGCGGCUAGUCGGUUUCUUCAACUGUUGCAAGGUGUUGUGGAUCCCGAAGAGAAAAGGAAAGUGAUUGGCAAGACGUUUGUUGAAGUAUUUGAAAAGGAAGCCAAGUCAUCGGAUGCAAGUUUCUUAUUGCAAGGCACAUUAUAUCCAGAUGUGAUCGAGUCAUCUUCACAUUUGGGACCUUCUGUAACUAUCAAAACGCAUCAUAAUGUGGGUGGACUACCGGAGAAAAUGAAUCUCAAGUUACUUGAACCAUUGAGAGAUCUCUUCAAAGAUGAAGUUCGAGAGCUUGGAACAUUAUUGGGAAUACCGGAAGAAAGUAUUUAUCGCCAUCCUUUUCCAGGUCCAGGUUUAGCUAUUCGUAUUAUUGGACAAGUUGACGAACAACGACUAGAAAUAUUGCGACAUGCGGAUAGUAUUUAUAUCGAAGAGUUGAAACGCGCCAAUCUUUAUCGUUGUAUUAGUCAAGCGUUUGCUGUAUUAUUACCCGUAAAAGCAGUAGGAGUGAUGGGUGACUCUCGUUCCUAUGAAGAUGUGAUUGCCCUUCGAGCAGUAGAAACGGUGGAUUAUAUGACAGCUCGAUGGUAUUCUAUACCAUCGUCGGUAUUGGAACGAGUAUCUUCUAGAAUAGUUAACGAAGUGAAUGGAGUGAAUAGAGUUGUAUACGAUAUCACUAGUAAACCUCCAGCCACUAUUGAAUGGGAAUAGGAAUAUACUUGUUAAGGAACAGAGUCGAGUGGUCUAUUAAAACCACCUGGUCUAUUCAUAUAUUGUCGAUAAACUCUUUUGUGUUUGAUAUUGCCGCACCAACGACG